CAGGUGCCAGCUCACCCUUCCAGCUUCCCCCCUACACGUGUUCCGUGACGUGGAUGUCCCCUUGUCUCCCCCACCCCUCCUAUUCCCCCUUUCUCUGUUUCCUCAGAAAUGAAAAUUCGCCGAUGAAUUUCCGACCGACCGUUUCAGGCUGUUAGCUUUCGGAGUUUCUAAGUUUGUUCAGCUUGAAGUCUUUCGGCAAGCUUCGAUACACAGAUACUUAGCUUAGUUUUGAUUAAUCAGUGAAAAGAAAACACAAGGGGUACUUCUGGAUCAUUGAUUAGUCAUGGGGAGCAGCGAGGAAGGGAAAUGUUCUAAGCCCGAGAAAUCAUCCCCUUCCACACCGGACCACGGGAACGCUCCCAUGUAUCUUGAUUGGGCAGCAUUACAGGGUUAUUAUGGUCACCGGGUUGCCAUACCUCCGUAUUUCAACUCAGCCGUUGCACCUGGUCAUGCCCCUCACCCAUACAUUUGGGGCCCACCCCAGCCUAUGAUGCCACCUCCUUAUGGUGCACCUUAUGCAGCAAUAUAUGCUCAUGGAGGAGUUUAUGCUCACACUGGAGUUCCAGUUGGAACACGUGCAAAUGGUCUUGACAUUCCUCCACCUGAAGCACUUGCUGCUGAUUCUACGGGUAUGGAUAUAUCGGGCAAGUCUUCUGGAAAAGAAGACCGAGGAUUGAUCAGUAGACUGAAAGGGUUUGAUGGGCUUGCAAUGUCAAUCGGAAACAACAAUGCUGACAAUGGCAAUGGAAAGACUAACAACCCACAUUCCAAUAGCAUGGAAACUGAUGGUUCCAGUGAUGGAAGUAAUGCAGCAACGGUGGGUGAAAAAUCUAGGAGAGGAAGCAGGGAGACGACUCCCACUACCGCUGAUAAGACUACCAAAAGCCAUACAGCUCUGGCUCAGGAACUUGAAAGGCCAUCUAAGAAAGUGGCUGCUAGUCCGGGUUCAGCUGGGCAAGUAGUAAUGGGAAUGGCUGUUACCCCUAACAUGACAACAUCACUGGAUCUAAGAAGCCCUUCCAUUGCAAAUACUAAAUCUAGCCCAAGUGAUGUUCCAUCUCUUGGGCCACCUAUGCCAAAUGAAGCUUGGACACAGAAUGAGCGCGAAUUGAAGCGUGAGAAGAGGAAGCAGUCUAACAGGGAAUCUGCUAGGAGAUCAAGAUUGAGAAAGCAGGCUGAGACUGAAGAGUUAGCUAAGCGCGUCCAAACACUAACUGCUGAGAACGUAAACCUUAAAUCCGAGAUAAACAAAUUAGCAGAGAACUCGGAGAAACUGAAGAUUGAAAAUGUCACUCUCAUGGAGAGACUGAAAAGAGAGAAACUUGGGCAAAUGGGGGAGAUGAUAUUAGGUAGGAUUGAGGAGAAAGGGGCGCAGCCGGUGACUACUGCAAACCUGCUUGCGCGAGUGGACAACUCGGACUGUGGGGACAAAAAUGGAGAGGAAGGUGGUGAAGGGUACGAGAGAAGCGGCAAAUCAAGAACGAAGCUGCACCAGCUCCUUGAUGCAAGUCCCAGAACAGAUGCUGUGGCUGCCAGGUGAUUCAGCUGCCCGCAUAUAAUUGGUCUCAUGUGGUUUUGGCAUAUUAAUCAGCCCAAAAUUACUGCUAACUCCUAGAGAAAAAAGAAAGAAGAAGAAGAAGAAGAAGAAGAAGAGAAACAAGGUGCUGCAUACACUCAAUUGUAAUCUGUAAUAUUGUAACUUGGCUGGCAGACUGUGACUCCACUUUUUUUCUUUUGGCUCCACAUUGUUUGUUACAGUUUCGUUUCAUGUUAGCCGUGCGGGCAGAGGCUAAUUUGGGACACGGGUAUGUCGAUUCACUCGCUCUCUCGCUCACACAUUAGUGUGUGUGAGAGAGAGAGAGUGAAUCGGUCGAGUCGUGUGCUGAAUUAGAUACUGCACGCAUUGGGUAUAUCGUGAAUUGAACUACGCCUUCCGUAUGUAUUUAUAUGGAAAGAGUUGAGUUGUUCAAGGGUUCAACCAUAUGUGUUUUACUGAGUGUUUUUGUUUUUUAUUUCGGUGUGGGGUUGACAUUUGGGAGUUUUGGGGAUUGUGGUCCUCAGACAAGAAAAUGUAUACUGAAAUGAUUUGCUAUUUUUGGCUAUAGGUUAGACCUGCAUU